GAAACUUUCUACAUCCUACUGAUGUUUCCAGGGAGGAGGAAUAAUUAUGUACGAGGAACCAAAGAUGUAUUAUCACAUUCUUGCCGGGUGUGUCUUUUUCCCCGGAACUUUCUACCUUCUUCUAGCCGGCGUUGGUAAAAUGUGGCCUGGACUCAGCAAAGCAGACCUCUACCUCUUGUGCAACAGCGCAGUGUCUUCUCUCCAGGCCAUCAUCUCGUGUUGUGUUGGCUGUGUCGUUGUGGUUAACUGUUACAGAGAAAUUCUGUACGCCCGUCACUGGUUAACCGAAGCGUACACUUGUUUUGGAGUAUCCUACUUCUACUACGAUAUUUGGUCUAUGUACGUUGUUGAAUGCGCCAGGUAUCCUGAACAAACAACGAACGGCUGGCUUCCCCUAAAGUUUUACCUCAAGAGGAAAGGACUCAUGGUUUUUCACCACCUUGCGUUACCAGCCAUUUUCUUCCCAAUCAUUAUGUUCUUUAGGAAAGGACUUGGUGACUUUUUUGUGGCGAGUCUGUUCUUUAUCGAGCUUAGCACGCCGUUCGUUGCCAUGCGCGCCAUCCUCUUGCGUUUUCGAAUGGAAAAGAGUUUUGUUUACAUUCUCAACGGCGUGUUUGCAAUCAUAGCCUUCUUCGUAUGCAGAAUUGCGAUAUUUCCUAUACUCUACGCUGUGUAUGGAGACAAGUAUGGACUUUCAACUAUGGAAGUGCCUUUUGCAAUACCUCUGAAGUGUAAUAUCGGGUGUGCAGUUAUUCUGGGCUUCCAAAUUUACUGGUUUGCCCAAAUGGUGCGACUGCUGAGGUCUUACUCGUCACCGAAGCAAAAUGGAAAACAUCAACCUCCGCUGGAAAAAGAACUUUGACAAGAACUGACAUCUUUUAUAUAUGGUCAUUUUAAUUAGCAAUUUAUUGAAAGUUGGUUUGUAAGUUCGUACCUGAAGUUAAAUAUAUGGUAGAAUGUACAGUGAUUAACAUUAAGGUAAAAAGAGUCUACCCAAAUUGUAGUGUUGGCUAUGUAUUUGAUUUUGCGAUCAGAUAGAAAUUAGAAGUGAAAAUGUUUUAUAUAUGCAACUGUGAACGAAAAGGAUAAGUCCCUUGUAACAAUGUUCAUUUGGUCAGAUAGACUAUAAGCAGCUAUGCAAUUUCAACAUAACAAGUGUUUACAUACACUGAGUCAGUUGGACUGUUUUGGAUAAUUGUUAGUUACUAACUAAGUUAGGCCAUGUUGAUUUGAAUAUAUGGAUGACAUCCUCUUGGAACCCCAAAACUGGUGUGAGUUUGGCCCAAACAAAGUUGCCUUUAUUAUGACAUCUAAGUGGUCAGGAAGGCUGUGAACAAAUGACAAAAGACUUGAAGAGUAUAAUAUAAAACAGUAUAGUUUCUUCAUUUUUAUUCUUUCAGAUCCUCUUUGACCAUAGAAUUGACUUUGGCAUUGUAUGACAUUAGUAUAUUGGUUUGUCAAUGAUUUUUUUUUAAAUGGUCAAAACCUUUUUUUAAACAGCCAAAAAUUGAUGCUAGCAUAGAUGUCUUCCAUAUAAUGGAAUCAACAUGGCCUGUCAUUGUAUUGUUUGAAACAUACCAGUAGAUAUUAUACAUUUAUAAUAUUAAUAGAUCCCAUUGAAUGGAUGUUGAUGGUCUGUCCACAUUACAAUAUGCCUGGUAUCAAAUUGGUAAAUAACAACAGAGAACAUGUUGUCAAGUAGACAAAUAAACUCAAUUUGGUGCCUAAGACUUUAUAGAUGCAUACAAGCAGAAGGAAUAGGAAUCUUGAUCCUUCCUACUACUAAACUGCCUGUAGUUCUGACAACAAGUGCUAGGUGGUGCUUAUUACAUGCAGGGACUGUGUUCUGUUUUUCAUGCAUUUUACAUUCUGUCCUACAAGUUGUGGAUCAAUAUAUUGUCAUGUUAUAGAAAUAUCAGUUUCCAUUGCUCGUGUUGUUAACAAUUAAUUCAAGAAAUGAAGUCAGUGUAUUUUGCAAAGUCUUGCAAGACGAUUUUUUCUACCAGUCAAAGUUAAAGAGAAAUAUUUUGUUAUAUAGAUCCUUGUGUAAAAAAAAUUGUACUACGAAUCAUACAUUAUUUUUGUGCCAAAGAUCGCUUUAUAGCAACUUUUUUCUAAAUCCACCAUGAUAAGAAAUGGUGACAGAUCCAUUGUAUGAUCUUUUUGCCUGUACAUGAACUUCUAAUCACUGAGUAGCAUUGUGUAGUGCAAAGAAUCAAAAUGACAUUCAGAACUUUUUUAAGCAAUUACCUAGUUACAACUCAGGCUACAACUGCAUUUUUGUUGUUUGGAUAGGAAGUUUGAUAAUCAUUACAAAGUGUGCAAUAAAUGCUAGAUAUCUCAAGCUUACAUCAUGGUGGGCUGACUCUUCAUUUAACUGCAUUUCUUAUAUGUAUCAGGUAAAAGGAUAAUCCUUAUGAGGUAAAGAGACAUGUAUUUGGAUUACACAUUGUACUUUCAUAUACACCCCUUUAUAAGUUUGUUUGUGCCAUUAUUUUGACUCGAAAGCAGUCCAUUCGGCCAGCGGGGUCGCUUUUCAUGGAGGUCGAGUUGGAAGGAGUGUCAGGUCAAAAAAUAAU